CUGCUGAAUUCAAGAAUGGCGACUGCUGAUCUGAGAGAGGAGCUAACCUGCCCCAUCUGCCUGAGCAUUUAUACAGAUCCUGUAAAUCUCAGCUGUGGCCAUAACUUCUGCCUGGGCUGUAUUGAGAGUGUGCUGGGUACCCAGGAGGGGUCUGGGGUUUAUACCUGUCCUCAGUGCAGAAAGGGAUUCAGUAACAGACCUGAGCUGCAGAGGAACAUAGCGCUUUGUAAUGUAGUGAUGCAUUUACAGAUUACUCAGCCAGAGCAAAAAGACAUUGGGGUCUUCUGCACUUACUGUGUUCACUCUCCUGUACCUGCUACUAAAUCAUGUCUGCUGUGUGAGGCUUCUCUGUGUGAUACCCACCUGAGGGUACACAGCAAGUCUGAGGAACACGUCUUAACCGAACCCACCACUUCCUGGGGUAACAGAAAAUGCUCCAAACACAAGAAGCUGCUGGAAUAUUACUGCACUGAGGAUGCUGCCUGUAUCUGUGUGUCCUGCAACCUGGCCGGAGAGCACAGGGGACACCAGGUGGAGCUGCUGAAUGAGGCUUCUGAGAAGAAGAAAAAGAAACUGAGAAAUGUUCUUCAGAAACUGACCACAAAGAGAGAGAAGACUGAGAAAAGAGUCCAGAGUCUGCAGGAGCACAGGAGAGGGGUGCAAGAGAAAGCAGCUGGUGUAACAGAGCGACUCACUGCCCUGAUUAUGGACAUCAGGAAACAGCUGGAAGACCUAGAGAAGCGAGUCCUGAGUGACAUCACCCGGCAGCAGGAGCAGGUUUUACUCACAAUCUCUGAUCUGAUCCAGCAGCUGGAAAAAGAGAAGGACGAGCUGACCAGGAAGAUGUGUCACAUUGAGGAGCUGUACAACAUGACUGACCCAUUAACUGUCCUACAAGAACAGGAAUCACACAGAGGUGACUUUUGUGGGGCUGAGAAGGGAGAUAAUGAGGUCACACAGAGAGGUGAUAAACAGGUCCCUGCUGGGGGGGAUUUGAAUGAGGGUCUGAUCUCAGUGACCUUAUACAGAGGUUUAGCUGAUAUUGUGACUGAUGUAAAGAGAGAGAUCUAUAUGCAGGUGACAUCAGACAUAUUACUGGAUAUAAACACAGCUCAUAAUAAUGUUAUUGUAUCAGGUGAACUGAAAACUGUUUGCUGGUCAUAUAUAAACCAGCAGCGACCAGUAACAUCAGAGAGAUUUACAGAUUAUUCUCAGGUAUUAAGCACCAGGAGCUUUUCCUCAGGACGACAUUACUGGGAAGUGCAGAUCAGUAAAUCAGGGCGCUGGUGUGUAGGGGUUUGUUAUACCAGUAUGGGGAGGGGAGGAGAUCAGUCUGUGAUAGGAAAUAAUAACAAGUCCUGGGGUUUGUGGGGUUAUUAUAAAGAUCUUUACAUGAGACAUAACAAUAGAAACACCUUAUUACACCCCCCUCUGUCAUGUGACACAGUAGGAAUACUGCUGGACUAUGAGGCUGGGCGUCUGACCUUUUAUGAGCUGUGUGACCCGAUCAGACACUUACACACCGUCACUGUCACCUUCACUGAGCCUCUUCAUGCUGCAUUAUGUGUAGGUUGUGAUACCUGUGUGAGAAUCCUGUGCUAGAUACACUGACCAUACUAAUAAUGCUGCUCCCUGUGAGCCUGUGAUGUCUGUGUAUUGUGCACAUUGUGUAUGAACUGGGGAUGAAAUACAACAAGAUAUUUGUGCAUGAAAGUCUAGUUUAUGUUACUAUAAGCAGGUGUAGGCAGGGGGAUGUUGAUACUAUUAUAUCUGUUAGAAUAUAACUAUAAAUAUUAUCUCAGCGGUGUAAUCCAACAUGUUACAUAUUUAUAUAAGCGAAAAGAAAUCCAGCAAGCCUCAAAGCGUUCAAAUAAACAGCUUACUUUUAUUGAAGAAGAUAAAACAGCAUAAAAGCAAGUAUCCCUUGCAACCUGUAGUGACAAACAGUCCUACGCGUUUCGGCAGCCCUCUGCCUUAUUCAUGGACAUAAGUUAAAUGUCAAUACAACAUCCUUAUAUACACCUGAGUCCUCAGGUGUAAGAUAAUUACAGGUUGCUAAUUUAAAGGGCACAUGACCUUUUAUGGGAACACAAAAUCAGUAUGAGAGUAAAAUAUCAUAUAUAACAUAUAUAACAAUUACAGAAUGAAAAUAAUGUGCAAUAUAAUAAAUCAAUAUAUUUAAAAAUUAGAAGUAUUGUGAACAUUCCUAUUGUAUCUACAUAAAUAUUAUAACUCAAAUGAAAUAUGCAUAUUAAAUAUAAACAGCAGCCUCAUAGCCUUUAUUAAUCCAAAAUAAAAAAUAGACUUAAAUAUAUAGCUACUUUCAUAACACAAGCUGGAAUGUAAGAAACACAAUAUAGUACUUAGAUGCCUUUAGGCAUAUAUAGCAUACUUAUCUAAGGAAAUAGUUGGAUAAUUACCAGACUAUUUUCAUAGACAAGCUUGAAUGUAGAAAAACACAAUUUGGUACUUAGAUGCUCUUAGGCAUGUAUAGCAUAUUUAUCUGAUGAAAUAGCUGGAUAUUUACCAGACUAGUAUAUCUAGAAAGGUCUUCAUAAAAUUAUAAACCAGCAUAUAUUGAUAGACCGAAUGAAUCUAUCAUAUAAAAGUGAUGUAAAGGUAAAACAUUUUGUAGAAAUGCAUUCAGAUAUCUGUAAAGUUAGUUAAAUCUUGUCACCAUAAAUAGAUUAUAUUUUACUCAAUGUUGGCGGCACCAAAAAUUAAUGAUGUCGCCAUCUAUGUUGAAACCUUUUGGCCUCCUAGUCUGCAUCUUGAAAAUCCAAAAAGCUUCUUUAUAUAGUAAUUUAGCUGAUCUGUCUCCUCCACGAACAGAGGGUCUGAUGUGGUCAAUCACUUGCCAUUUGAAUGUGGUGACUACCUUUUGGUGAAGAUGUAUGAAAUGUCUAGCCAGAUCCAAACAUUCUGUACCAUUCUCAAUGUUCUUGAGGUGCUCCCUAAUCCUGCUUCUGCCUUCUCAGGUAGUACACCCAACAUACUGUUCUUUGCAUAGUGUACAGUCAAUCAGGUAAAUCACAAAGGUAGAACGGCAAUUGGUGUAGGAGUUAAUGUCAUACACCUUCUGAGUAACAUAUGAUUUAAAUUUUUUUGAUGUCCAUGUGAAUCCACAGGAUAAACAGUUACUGAAGUGGCAUUUGUAAUGACCCUUAACUUCCAACCAACUGCUCCUAUUCAUAGGUGAUUGGCGUAACAAGCUGGGAGAUAACAUAUUACCCAAAGUACACUGUCUCUUAGAUACAAAGUUACAGCCGUGUGAGACAAAGUCUUUAAGGCUGUCUUCAGCUGUGAGAAUCGGAAGAUGCUUCUUGACUAUGUCACAGAUAGUGUCAAAUUGUGCACUAUAGGUGGUUAUAAAGGUUGGUUUGGAUAGAUCAAAAUUCUGUUUCUUUUUUAUAUUAGAACUUUGUUCAGCAAGUAGCUGUUUCCUAUCCAUCCUUCUGACCUCCAAAAAUGCACGGUUAAUCACCUUUUUCUUAUAGCCCCUGCUCAUUAGGUUUUCAAGCAAAAUCAAACUCUCUUUCUCAAAGUCUUGUUCAUCAGUGCAAUUUCUUCUUGCCCUGAUGAAUUGACCCUUUGCUACACCAAACCCAGUGUGUCAUGGGUGGUUACUAUGUCCAUGAAGAAUGGCGUUAGUAGCAAUGGGUUUGAGAUAGAGGGUUGUUUUUACUCUUUGGGUAUCUUUAUCCCCUGUUAAGAGAAGAUCCAAGUAUGGCAUUGAGAGUGGAUCCUAUGCAUAUGUGAAUUGUAAAUUAAUGUCAUUAUUGUUCAGAUAGUGAACAAAAUCCAACAUUUUUUGACGGCCUCCUGUCCAAAUGAACAGGAGGUCAUCGAUUUAUAUUUUGUACAUACAUAUCUCCUGCUUAAAUGGGUUUCCAUCUCCAAAGACGUGGCACACCUCCCACCAACCCAUAAAGAGGUUGGCAUAGGCAGGGGCAAACUUUGCCCCCAUAGCUGUGCCACGUCUCUGGAGAUAGAAAACCCCACUGAACUGGAAAAAAUUAUGUGUGAGCAGAAAAUCUAGCGUUUGCAACACAUACUUUUUGAGAGUUUCAUCGUAAUCGCUAAAGGUGUCUAGCAUGUAGUUAACUGCCUCCAAGCCACUUAGAUGGGGAAUAGAGGAAUACAGGCUAACCACAUCAACUGUUAGCCAUUGUAAUUGCUCUUCCCAUGUUAUCUGUUCCAGCAAUUCAAAAGAUGCUUGGUGUCUUUCAAAUAUGAAGGUAACUUGAAGACAAGGGGCUGUAACAGAGAUUCCACCCAGUCAGACAUGUGCUCAAAAAGGGAACCAAUGCCGGCCACAAUCGGCCUUCUUUCACCUCCUCCAAGGAUUUGUGCACCUUGGGGAGGUGAUGGAAAUAUAUAUUUACAUAACAAUAUUUCCAAAGUUCUGAUCAGUUAAUCCUUAUUAAAACAAAAUGAUUAUAUUUAUGCAGCAAAUAGCAUAUUAAUUAUGGCCAAAUAUAUACUGUAUGUUUAGUUGUUACAAUUUUCUAUACCAAGCAAGCUAUAAAAGAAAUAUUUCUAUAAAUUAACCUUACUCAAAAUGAAUCGCUUAUUAAAAUCACACCUUACCAUUAAACUUACAAGGUUAUUUGUAAUUAGCUAACAACACAAGUCCAAUGACAAAAUAUGGAUUGUAUAUUAUCAACGCAAUAGCUAAUUUAUGUGCAGUUCUUAAAAGAUUUCACAAUAAAUAAAACUGACUGAGGAGUAGGAGGAAAAAUAUAAGAAUUCAUGGAACCCCAGAAUCAGUUCUCCCAAAAGAUUUUCCUGUGUAUCUUUCAGCCUUAUUCCAUCAUCUGCUAGAUGACCCCAAUGCAGCUAAUAUACAAUGGGUGAGAGCCCACAGAGCGCUUUGGCCUAAACCACAAGACACAGUGCCCCCCAGAGACAUUAUUAUUAAAUUCAAAAAUUUCCAAGAAAAGGAAAAUAUUAUGGUGGCAUCUAUAAAGAAGCAACCUGUGAGAUUCUGUGGAGUUGUCCUACAAUUCUAUGCUGACUUGUCUGUUCGCACUUUACAAAGGCGAAAAUAAUUAUCCUCAUUAACGACCAUGCUCAGAAAUAAGAGGAUACCGUAUAGAUGGGGUUUUCCACUUCAACUUAUGGUGAUUCACAACAACAGAAGGAUUACAUGUUCAAGACCUCAAUAAAUCCCCCAAUUCUGUAAACUAAUGGACUUGGACCCCCCUUCUUUAAUAUCUGACAAACAGGAGCAGUCAUCUGAAAGCACAAAAUCUCAGGCACAGAAGAAAAAGGAGUCGUGGAACACUGUACAACCUCCUAUAAAAGGUAGACUUUCUCCAAAACAGAGCUUCAAAGACAGUUUCACAGCAUAUGGAGGCCCUGUCCUCCCCUUCUUCUAAAGACGGAGAGGAUUCUGAUCCAGAAUCGCCUUGAAUGUGAAUUUCUUAUACCGUGAGUAAUGCUGCCUUAAUGUGAUCAUACCGAAGAAGAUUACAUAGCCUUAGGGUAUGGCCUGUUAGUUUACUCAAGAAACUUUUGCUGCAAUAAACAAUUGACUUUUAUUUAGAAUUAUACGUUUUGCACUACAGGUUGACGGAGGAAUCUUUAUAAAGGCCACUUAGGUGGCAAAGAUAUAUUUUUUGGCGUAACUAAAUCAUAGUUAUCAGGAUAACAUUAUUUAUUUAUUUAUAAAAUAUUUUACCAGGAAGGAUACAUUGAGAUUUCUCUCGUUUUAAAGUAUGUCCUGGGUACACAAAACAUUGCAUUGAUACAAUAGGGUACAAUAAAAUACAAAAACAAUAAUAAUACACAAUAUAUGCAAAAAGAUUUAACAUAGAACAGGUAGGAAAUAUUUAAUCAACCAUGACAGGUGCAUUCUGUUUUGAGAUAUGUAGAGAGGGAUCUCUUAAAGGAUAUUAGGCAUGGGGAAGGUUUGAAAGUGUGCGGGAGGUCGUUCCAUAAUUGUGGUGCUCUGUAGGAAAAGGAGGAUCGAGCUGCUUUCUUUUUGUAUUGAGGCAAGCUAAAUAAUGUGCUGGUACUGGAUCGGAGGUUAUAGGAGGUGGGAAUAGCCGGGGAGAGCAUUCUGCUCAGGUAGGGUGGGAGCUUCCCAGAAAGGCUCUUAAACAAAAGGCAGGAAAGAUGGAGGGUGCGUCUGGAUUCCAGCGACAGCCAGUUUACUUCUUUUAGCAUGUCACAAUGGUGGGUCCUCAAGUUAUUAAGUAAGGUUUCUAUAAGAUUCCCGAGUCUUACAUUCUAGAAUAACCCAUGUUAGUUAUUAGAUAUACAUUGUUUAAAAAUGUUGUUAUCUUUCAUAUUUUCUUAUACUUUUAGCAAAUGUUCUAUUUUUCUAUGUUUAUUUCACACUCAGAAUGGUACAGUUCAUAUGCCUGUGCAACACUAUUUUUAUGGUUUGGCUUUCCACGACAGAUGCUUCAAUAACCACAAGAAACCUUGAGACGCAAUCUCUAUAUAAUCUCACAGUAUGUUAGGGGGUUCAAUUCGCCCAAUAAACACUCAUUGGCAGUUAGACCUGUAUAAAAGGCACGCAGAUAUACUGUUUCUACAAGAGACACACUUUAAGAGACAGCGGGAAGCAAAAUAUUUAGGCCCCCACUACACACAACAUUAUCACAAUUCGGAUUCCCAAAAAAAGACAGGGGUGAUCAUUUUAUUCCACAAGAAUACUGCAUUCCAACAUAUACAUACUACCAAAGAUGCUGAGGGGCGAUUCCUAGGAGUUUUGGGGCUACUGUCUGAUCAUUCUGCUGUGCUGCUCUCUUUAAACUGGCCUAACUUUAGAAACACUGAAUUUAUAUGGAAAUUAGAUGACUCUAUAUUAUAUAACAAUGAACACACGGAUACAUUAACAAAAUCCCUUAAAGAAUUCUUUGCAAUCAACUCUACCCCUGACAUCAAUAUUUCCACCUUAUGGGAAACGCACAAGUAUUAUAUGAGGGGAGAGUUUAUUAAGCUUAAGGCACAAAUUAGAAAAGCAGAGCGCCUACAAUACGCUGAAUUAACAUUACAAUUAUCCAAACUCGAGUAACAACAUAAAAAAACACCCACUGACCCUCAGGUUUCGCAAGAUUUACUGAACAUAAGAAAUAAAUUAAAAGCACCUUUAGCCCAAGAACAACAAACUAUAACUUAUAAAUUCAAACAAAAAAUUUUCUAUGAAGGAAACAGAGCAGGUCAAUUAUUGGCUAAAGCUCUUAAAGAAAAUUGAAAUCAUAUAUACACCAAUUGACCACCCCUCAAAAACAAAAAAUACUAACUACCCCGGAAAACAUUUUCGGGACUACUAUUUUAAGCUCUAUAACAUUGCCCCCAAUGGAGCUAGAUUAUUUGAAGAGUCAGAACUUGAUGACUAUCUACAAAGUUGUACUUUACCAUCCCUCACACCUGAACAGCUGGAGGAAUUAGAUUUCCCUAUCACUCAUCAAGAACUACUUAGAGUACUUAAGGAUUUGAAUACAGGUAAAAGCCCAGGCCCUGACAACUUCUCCAUCAAAUACUAUCACUAUUUUAAAGACAUUCUGUCCCCAUUUCUUUUACAACUUUUUAAUAAAAUAGGCGAAGGGAACCCUUUCUUUCAAAAUAUGGUAGAGGCACAUAUAACAAUGAUUCCUAAACCCGGUAAACCUCCAACUACUCCACCAAAUUUUUGGCCUAUCUCAUUACUCAACGUGGAUGUUAAACUUUUUGCUACAAUUAUUGCCCCCGAAUAAAUAAAAUUCCUCCAACAAUAAUACACGUUAAUCAGGCAAGUUUCACACCACACCGAGAAGCCAGGGGCAACACUUUAAAAAUAGUUAACCUCCUUGAUCAAGUCACAGAAAACAAAUUACCAGCCAUAUUUUUAUGAAUAGAUGCCGAAAAAGCUUUCAACAGACUAAACUGGACAUUUUUGAAAACUAAACUUUAUAAAUAUGGAUUUGGUCACUCCAUAGUCGAUAAGUAUUUGCUUUAUACAAUUCCCCAACAGCUGGAAUUCGCUUAAAUGACUCAACGCCCUCUAUAAGUAUAACCAAUGGCAUGAGACAGGGAUGCCCACUUUCUCCUUUAUUGUUUGUUUUAGCAAUGGAGGUUUUAGCAACUAAAAUCCGCCAGAACCCCGAUAUCAAAGGAGUUACAGUUCAUGACAAUCAAUACAAAAUACAAAAUUGCACUAUAUGCUGAUGAUGUGAUGCACACGUUAACAUCGCCGGCAACAUCACUCGCAGUGCUAUCAUUGGAACUUUCCAAUUAUGGCAGGUUUCCUUUUUUAAAAUAAAGUAGACAAAAUCAGAAUUUAUUAGUCUCUAUAAUCCUUCUCAUUUGAUUAGUAAGCUACAACUAGAUUUUGGUUACCGUCAUAAUCCAAAAUCAAUUAAAUACUUGGGUAUACAGAUCCCAGAAAAUAAAUCCCUACUAUUCUCACUAAAUUAUACACCAUUAUUACAAAGUAUAAGGAAGGAACUGCAUGACUGGGAACAUAAGUCAAUAUCUUGGCUGGGUCGUAUAAAUUCAAUAAAGAUGGUCAUACUCCCAGAAAUAUUAUACAUAUUUCAAGCUCUACCUAUACAACUUCCAGACUCUUACACUCUUUACAAAAAAAACUUAAUUCCUAUAUAUGGUUUGAACAUAUGAAGAUGGUUUCUAUGAAUACUAUGUAUAUGUCAAAAGAUAAAGGUGGACUAGGUGUUCCCAAUAUUGAAUUCUAUAGGUUCGUUACACACCUUGUCAGAAUUAUAGACUGGUGUAAAAGUUGUGUCGAUAAGGAAUGGAUAAUGCUUGAAUGCUCCUUGGCCUCUUACCCAAAUCUAGGCAGCCUAUAUUGUCUGACCUUUUCAGAACAAAAAGGCUAUAACUACCUUAUCAUCACUCCUCAAAACCCUCAAAACUUGGAACUAUAUAAUUAAACGCUUCACCCUAUUUCAUCUAUACCUUCUCCUCUAACUGUCAUACUCACUAAUCCUAUUUUCAAAACAAAACAACAUAACCUAAUUACUGCUGACAGCACGAUCCAUAUGUUACUCCCAUUUUGUAAGGUUUUAAGGGAGGGUACAAUAUAUUCAAAAGAGGAACUAGCUGGAUUAGAUGUUAGGCAUUUUGAUCAGUGGUUCAAAUAUCUCCAACUGAGACACCUUAUAUAUACACACCCCAAUAGGCAACAAAUACUUAGAUAAUUGACCCCAAAAGAAAAUAUCUGUUAUCAACAAAUUACAACUAGGGGCCACCUAUCUAUGGCUUAUAAACAGAUAUUGAACUACCACUCACGUAACUUGCCCCCAUAUACAAAGAAAUGGGAAGAGGAGCUGGGACUUUCACUUACAGAAAAAGAUUGGCUCACCAUUAUAAAACAUAUGAACUCCUUUUCCUCUACCAUGAAAUUCAGGGAAACAAAUAUAAAGCUACUAAGCCAAUGGUACCUAACACCACAUAGAUUAAUGUAUCCAAAUGCCAAAGCUCAAUGCUGGAGAAACUGUGGCCACAUAGGCACAUUAUUACAGGUGUGGUGGCAUUGCCCCAAUAUUUAAGAAUUUUAAGGUAACCCAAUAUGAUAUACCCCUUGAGCCAAUAACAUGUUUAUUCCACAAACCAACUAAAAUUAGAUGUCGUCUUAGAGCAACACUACUGAGUAUAAUGUUAAACUGUGCUAAACAGCUGAUUCCACGAUGGUGGAAAAGCACGGUUACCCCAUCUAAAGGAGAUCUGAUAAAUCUGGGGCGCGAUCCGAUAUACGGCGCAGGUUUCGGCGCAAGCAUGGAAACCUGCGCUACCCGUAGUUUCAGCUCGCAACUCGAGCUAUCCCAUAUACGGCGCCGUCAGAUGCUAAAGUGCCGUAAGUCUGACAAACUAGCGAUGUCCAGAAAUCUGCGUAAGUACAAAUUUCUGGAUUCGCCAGUGACUUACGGCACUCUAGAAACUGCCGGCGCCUACAAAAACUGACUAAAGUAUUAAAUCUCCCAUACUGUCUAACACGCCUCCCAAACAUAGCCCGACACAUAUACCCCUCUAUCCGCUAUCCCCCCUCACUCUCCUAAUAAUAAAUUAAUUAACCCCUAAACCGCCGCUCCCGGACCCUGCCGCCACCUACAUUAACUACCCCCUAAUGUGAGCCCCUUACUCCGCCGCCACCUACAUUACCUACCCCCUAAUGUGAGCCCCUUACACCGCCGCCACCUUCAUUACCUACCCCCUAAUGUGAGCCCCUUACUCUGCCGCCACCUACAUUACCUACCCCCUAAUAUGAGCCCCUUACUCCGCCACCACCUACAUUACCUACCCCCUAAUGUGAGCUCCUACCCCGCCACCAGCUAUAUUAAAAUUAUUAACCCCUAAUCUAAUCCCCUUACCCCGCCGCCAGCUAUAUUAAAAUUAUUAACCCCUAAUUGAAUCCCCCUACCCCUCCGCUAGCUAUAUUAAAAUUAUUAACCCCUAAUUUAAUCCCCCUACACCGCCGCCAGCUAUAUUAAAUUAAUUAACCCCUAAAAUACUAAAAUAUCCCUACCACUAAACCUAAAUCUAACCCUACAAAUAGCCCUGAAAAGGGCUUUUUGCGUGGCAUUGCCCCAAAGUAAACAGCUCUAUUGCCAGCCCUUAAAAGGGCUUUUUGCGGGCCAUUGCCCUAAAGUAACCAGCUCUUUUACCAGCCCUUAAAAGGGCUUUUUGCGGGGCAUUGUCACAAAGUUAUCAGCUCUUUUACCUCUAAUCUAAAUCCCCCUACACUGCCGCCACCUAUAAUAAAUGUAUUACCCCCUAAUCUAAUCCCCCUACACCGCCGCCACCUAUAUUAAAUACAUUAACCCCUAUUCUAAACCCCCUACACUGCCGCCACCUAUAUUAACUAUAUUAACCCUAAUUAUAUUAGGGUUAAUAUAGUUAUUAUAUUAUACAUUUUAACUAUAUUAGCCCUAAUAACUUCUAUGUUACACCGUAUAUGUGAUACCAAACCAGCGCAAAAUUUGGCGUCGCCGGCUUUUGCAGGCGACGCUGCAUAUCGGAUCGAGGCCCAGAUAUCCUUAACCUUAUCAAUGGAGAAAUAUCACUAUAACCUGAUACAUAAAAUGGAGGAUUAUUAUUCAAUCAUGUUUAUCUGGGAGGAAUAUUUGUAUGCUAGACAAAAGUGAGUUUAUGGUGUAUUUCGUUCACUGGAAAUGUACAAUGCCAAACUUGGGUACGUAAUGAUAUUGUUCUGUCGAUAAUGUAACUUGUAUGUAAUAACUGCAAACUGAACUGUACUAUCAAGCUUGUUAAUGUUUUGAAUUGUUUAAAUAAAGAAAAAUUAAAAAAAAUAAAUAAAAUAAGAUAAAACUGA